CCGGCACGGCCCGGCCCCGCUCUCCUUUCCCGCCGCGGCGGAGGGGGCGGGCCGGGCCGGGGCGGGGCCGGGGCCAGGCGAGGAAGCGGCGGCUACAGUGAGCGAGCGAGCGAGCACGGGGUCGUCACAGAUGAACCAGGUCUUUGGAGGCAAGCAGUCUGAAGAAGGUCCCGAUAGCAAACCCAGAAGUCUUGCCUGGCAGAGGAAACACCGCGCGUCUGAAGGCAGUUUUCCGUUCAAUAUGUUAUUGAACACUGACCAAGUAAACCUAAUUGGACAAGUGUUUGAAUCGUACGUUUUGGAAUAUCACAAAAAUGACAUUUUACAUAUCUUAAGAGAGCAAGAUGAUGAGAAACAUUAUCCAAUUGUUGUUGAUGCCCUGACUCUUUUUGAGACCAAUAUGGAAAUUGGAGAGUAUUUCAAUGCAUUUCCGAAUGAAGUGCUCCCUAUUUUUGACAAUGCAUUACGCAGAGCAGCUGUGGCAGCUCUGCAGCCCACUUCCCAGAAUCAUGGUGUUAGCAUCAAGCAGAAUCUUCAUGCCAGGAUAUCAGGUUUGCCUGUUUGUCCAGAGCUAACCAGAGAACAUAUCCCUAAAACAAGAGAUGUGGGUCACUUCUUGUCUGUUACUGGUACUGUUAUUCGUACUAGUUUAGUGAAGGUCCUGGAGUUCGAGCGGAAUUAUAUAUGUAAUAAAUGCAAACAUGUAUUUGUUGUAAAGGCUGAUUUUGAGCAGUACUCUGCUUUCUGUCGUCCAUCAGCCUGCCCAAAUGAAGAAGGCUGCAACUCAUCCAAAUUCACUUGUGUGUCAGGAACAAACGCUGCUCCCACCAGUUGCAGAGACUAUCAAGAAAUCAAAAUUCAAGAACAGGUUCAAAGACUAUCUGUUGGAAGCAUUCCUCGCUCUAUGGUGGUUGUCUUGGAAGAUGAUUUAGUGGAUAGUUGCAAGUCUGGUGAUGACAUCACAGUGUAUGGAGUGGUAAUGCAGAGAUGGAAACCCUUCCAUCAGGAUGUGCGCUGUGACCUUGAGAUUGUUUUGAAAGCCAAUUACAUUAAAGUAAAUAAUGAACAACUAGCAGGAGUUAUAAUUGAUGAGGAGGUCCAUAAGGAAUUUGAAGACUUCUGGGAAAAACAUAAGAGUAAUCCCUUAGCAGGGAGGAAUGAAAUCUUGGCUAGCUUGUGUCCUCAGGUGUUUGGGUUAUACCUGGUGAAGCUUGCUGUUGCUAUGGUACUUGCUGGAGGCGUGCAAAGGACUGAUGCUGUAGGAACUCGAGUGAGAGGUGAAUCGCAUCUUUUGUUGGUUGGAGACCCUGGAACAGGGAAAUCUCAAUUUUUGAAGUAUGCAGUAAAGAUUAUGGCACGAUCGGUGCUUACUGCAGGGAUUGGUUCUACAAGUGCAGGUUUGACAGUGACUGCUGUAAAGGACUCUGGUGAAUGGAAUUUGGAAGCUGGAGCAUUGGUGCUUGCAGAUGGAGGUCUUUGCUGUAUCGAUGAGUUUAAUAGCAUCAAGGAACAUGACAGGACUAGCAUCCAUGAAGCAAUGGAGCAACAAACCAUCAGUGUAGCUAAGGCAGGCUUAGUGUGCAAGCUUAACACAAGAACCACUAUAUUGGCAGCGACAAAUCCCAAAGGCCAUUAUGACCCUAAUGAAUCAGUGUCCAUCAAUAUAGCCCUGGGCAGUCCCCUCCUGAGCAGAUUUGACUUGGUCUUAGUAUUGCUAGAUACAAGAAAUGAAGAAUGGGAUCGCAUAAUUUCUUCCUUCAUAUUAGAAAAUAAAGGAUAUCCAAGCAGAUCAGAUAAACUCUGGAGCAUGGAAAAGAUGAAAACCUACUUCUGCCUUAUAAAGAGUCUACAGCCAAAAUUGUCUGAUGAGAGCAACUUGAUUCUAAUGCGUUAUUACCAGAUGCAGCGGCAAAGUGACAGCAGAAAUGCUGCCCGAACUACCAUUCGCUUAUUAGAGAGUUUGAUACGCUUAGCAGAAGCCCAUGCUCGGCUGAUGUUCAGGGACACUGUGACUUUGGAAGAUGCUAUAACAGUAGUCUCAGUGAUGGAAUCAUCUAUGCAGGGAGGUGCACUUCUUGGAGGCAUCAAUGCAUUGCACACCUCAUUUCCAGAAAACCCAAUGGAGCAGUAUCGAAUGCAAUGUGAACUCAUCUUGGAGAAACUGGAACUUCAGCAUCUUCUGCAUAAAGAAUUCCAAAGACUUGACAGAUUACAGAAUGCAAAUUCAUGCUGUUCACCACCUCAAAAGACAAGUGAAAAUACUACUCAUGGAUCUUUAAAAGAUGAUACCUUCAGAGAGUCAGAACAAGUGCCCCAUCCAAAUCAAUUUUCAGAUAGACAAGAGAAUAACUCUGAACAGCAAUCUCCUUUGAUCCAAGGACACCAAGGACCUGAUCCAGAAUGCUCAAUGAGCCAGGGAUCUGGUAAUCACAGAAGUACAAAACACCUGAGUAAGCAUAACAAGAGCAAUGCUGACAGCAGUUUGGCCUGGUUUGACACCCUGGGAGAUGGCAACGCUGAUGGUGAAGAGAGUGUUCAGAAAUCUCCAGUCCCCAAGAUACCUCAAGAUAAAUUAACUUUGAAAAUACUGAAUGACAGAUCCUGUUCUAAAGAAAAAUAUGGUUCGAGACCAAGCCAGGAAGCUAGGGUGGGACAGUCCCUGGCAACUAUUGACCAAGAUGUUUCUUUUGGUCAGAAUGUAGUUUCUGGCAUUGUUGGGAAGAGGGCAAAAGGACAGAAGCAUCUUUCUUCAGAGGCAAAUGUUGAAGAUCCAGACUUGGCAAAUACUAGUGCACCUGAUUCAGUGAUUAUACAGCGGGUCUCCAAGAAGUGGCAGAGAGUGCAUGCAGAGAAAUCUCGUGAAUUUUGUACAAGUACACAGGACCCUAAGACAGAGGCCCUUCCUUUCCCAUCACCUUUACAGUCCACAGGUGAUCCAGUGGUUCCUUCAGUUAGUGUGACUACAGACUGUGCAGUAGGAAAGGGAAGAAAUAAUGAGACUGUCUCAGCUACAAGCCCGAUAACUUCAGCAAGAAAAAGAAAUAAAGACCAAGCAGUGAAGACAGCACUGGUAGCAACUCCAGAGAUCACUGACCAUGUAAGGCCUCCAGUUGCUAAACUGGCUAAAUUUUCAUUCAGACCAAGGACAAAAUUUUUGCAUUCUUCUGAAAAUAAAAGCACUGCAGAGUUGCCUCCAUCAGAAGUGGAGGCUGGUUUUAAGCCUCACAGGUUUUCCAAGAUUGUGACUGAAGGAAAGCAACUGGGGGAAGAAUGUUACCUCUCUGAGACAUGCCAAAAAAAGCUAACAGUGACAUUAGGAACAAGUCAUUUGGAGAAGACACUAACUAAUAAUAAAAGACUAGAGCAGUGGCAGAGUGAAGCUUUACAAAGAGAGUUCAAAGAACCUGGAUGUUCUGCUGUUCAACCCUGUGCUGUGUCACCUCCACCUGGAGAGGAGAAAAGUGUCAGUGAGGAAAAAUUUGGUGGCCCCAGCACAAAAAAAGUAUGCUCUAGCACAUUAGCAAAAUUAGCCACGUUUUCCUUUGCAUCAUCCCUUGACUCAAAACUGGAAAACCCACCUGAAGCCAGUGUCACCAGCCACAGCAAAUCAAGCCAAGGGCAGCCUUUGAAGACCCCCUUUGAAUGCACUGGCACCAAAAGGAAAUGUUUUGCAUUGGGAAAUGCCAGUAAUAAAAAUGUGGUUGCAGGAAAGUCUCUCUUCUCAAUCGCAGAUAUAGAUGAUGCUACUUUAGAUUUUGAUUGGGAUGAAGAGAUUAGGAAAAAACCAAGAUCAUAAAACAUGCUUCCUCCUCUCUCCAGUAUUUCUGUAAUUAUUUGAAGAUUUAUAUUUUUUGACUGUAUCACUUUGCAUGUGAUCUAUUGACAUGACUUAAAGACUCACAAUCAUAUCCAAGUUGUAGUAGUCCUGCAGAAUGGCAGGAUUUAUUGACUUUUUUUUUUACUUAAUUCAGUUCAUGAACCACAUAUGAGUCCAGUGGAUCUUGUUUCCAAAGCGCUGGUUUUUUCAGUCAUCUUUUUUUAAAUGGUAGCAAAAUGAUGAUGCAAAAGCUAACCAUGCAGUUAUAUUUUGUUUCUUCUCCCUUGAUACAUUUAGCAAUAUUACGAUGUACUUUCACGCUGUCAUCUGUAUUCCUUUGUCAUCAAUAUCAUGAGAAUUUUGUCAUGUCUGUGGUUACUUUACUCCUUGUCACAUGGUUUAUGCAGAUGGGUCACAAAGGUCUUUUUUUUUUUUUUUUUUAAGUCCAGAAGUAUGAAUUGUUAUAGACACAUGCACAUGUUCCUAACACAGUGGUAGGUUCCUAACACUGUGCUCGGUUCUGGGUUUCUCCUUUCAUCUUGGGGUCACCAAUAUGUACUUUUUACCUUAGUAUUCCUGUUUGCUAUAGUAAGUUCUCAGAAUGAAAUGCAUUCUCCCAGUGAGCCAGUGCAAAUAGAACUGGUAGUUGUCACACUGGUCCCACUUCUCACUCCCAUGAGGAGCUGUGGGAUUUGAAUGAGCUAUUGCAGUGGAGUGACAGCAUCUCUGUAGCUAAGGUUGAGACAAAUUAUUGUUUAGUAGCUGACAUUUCAGGUUUUCAAAAAGCCACGUGCCAAAACUUGCUCUUUGAUAUCCAGGGAAAGGUCAGUAGUCUCAAACUUAAAUUAUUUAUGGAUUCUAUAUGUCAUGGGGAAGUGGCUUACACCAAGAGUAUCCCUCCAGCCCUACUAUUUUCCAAGUGUGUUUAUUUUCAUUAAAUAAAUAUUGCUUUGUUUGCUUUCUCUUGA